ACGUCGCCGGCUUCCUAUCUUCUGUCAGGGGAGCCGGGCGUGCGGAGGAGGCAGAGGAGGCGGGAAGGUGGCUGUGGUUGAAGGGACAAUUGCUGACUUGCGGGGAGGAGGUCCGAGGGAGCGGGCAACCAUGGUGAUGGCGGCGAAGAAGGGUCCAGGCCCGGGUGGCGGGGUCAGCGGGGGUAAGGCGGAGGCGGAGGCGGCCUCGGAGGUGUGGUGUCGCCGGGUGCGGGAGCUGGGCGGCUGCAGCCAGGCAGGGAACCGCCACUGCUUCGAGUGCGCCCAGCGCGGGGUCACCUACGUGGAUAUCACCGUGGGCAGCUUCGUCUGCACCACCUGCUCCGGCCUCCUGAGAGGCCUGAACCCCCCUCAUCGCGUCAAGUCCAUCUCCAUGACAACUUUCACUGAGCCUGAAGUAGUAUUCCUGCAAUCCCGUGGAAACGAGGUUUGCAGGAAGAUUUGGCUGGGUCUUUUUGAUGCUCGGACAUCUUUAAUACCAGAUUCCAGGGAUCCUCAGAAAGUGAAGGAGUUUCUCCAGGAAAAAUAUGAGAAAAAGAGAUGGUAUGUCCCCCCAGACCAAGUCAAGGGGCCCGCUUAUACCAAAGGCAGUGCCUCCACCCCCAUCCAGGGCUCCGUCCCGGAAGGGAAGCCCCUGCGGACUCCUCUGGGGGAUCCCGUGCCGUCUCUCUCAGCUGCUGCCUCCACCUCUAGCCAGUCUGUCAGUCAGUCUCAGCCUCGGACGUCCCAGCCCCGGAGCUCUCAGCCACCUCCCCACUCCUCGGUCAAGAAAGCCAGUACCGACCUGCUGGCCGACAUAGGUGGAGACCCCUUUGCUGCUCCCCAGGUGGCACCAGCUUUCGCUGCAUUCCCAGCCUUUGGGGGCCAGACACCUUCCCAUGGAGGAUUUGCCAACUUCGAUGCCUUUGGCAGUAGCCCCAGGUCCUCUGCAUUUGGAAGCAUUCCUCCAGCUGGCCAAGGCCCGUUCCAGGCCCAGCCAACACCCACAGCCAGUCGGAUGCUAACUGGAAGUUACAGCUUUGGGAGCAGCCAGGUGACUCCAUUUGCGGCCUCUCCUCUCGCACCUGCCAGUCAGCCCAACAGCCUCGCAGAUAUGGGCAGCCUCCUGGCGCCCGGAGCGUCACCUGGAGGUAUCCCUAGCAGCAUCUUCGGGGUGGCCGGCCAGGUCCCCACGCUCCAGUCGGCCACAGCUGGUGGAGGCGGCAGCACGGGGCUUGCCUUUGGAGCCUUCACCAACCCUUUCACAGUACCUGCCGCUCACCCUCAGCUGCCUUCCACCAACCCGUUCCAGCCCAACGGCCUGGCCACAGGGCCCAGCUUUGGGAUGAGCAGUGCGGGGCCUGGCUUCCCCCAGACAGUGCCACCCACCAGGGCCUUUGUCAGCACCUUCCCACCACCACUGUUCCCCCCACAGACCUCGAUGACUCAGCAGCAGAAUGGUUCUUCCUUCAGCGAUUUAGGAUCAGCCAAGCUGGGACAGAGGCAACUGAGCCAGCCAGCUGGGACCUCUACCAACCCCUUCAUGACUGGAUCCUCAUCAAGCCCGUUUGCCUCCAAACCUCCAACCACCAACCCAUUCUUGUAGCACUUUGUCCUGGGGGGGGGCUCUUCCCUGUCCUGUGGGGCCCCUCUACUCCCAGGAGCUCUGGUGACCAUUUGCCUGUGGCAUUUCUGUGGGUCUGAGACCAGAAUGGGCCUUGUUUUGUAGGGAAGGGGUCUUGGGGAUGGUGGAGGUGCUAAUGCUUUGCUUGGGGCUUGCAGAUAAAAGGGCAGCUUCCCGGGUCAGCUGCCCCCAAGGCUUCCUCCCAUCCUCCCUCCAGCCCCUACCCAGGCAGGAGGCCCAAGAGGAGAGAAGGCAGGGCCUGGCCUAGAGGAGUGAUGGUGUUUGAUUUCUCAAAUUAUUAAUUAUAAUGACAAUAAUCCUCCUCUCCUGCCCUCAGCAUACAUAGUGGUCCCUUCACUCCCAACCGUGUGGGCAGAGGAAGCUGUGGGCACAGACUGACCCGCAUUCCCCUAUGGGAGCAAAGCCUUCCCCCAUCCCCAACUUUCCAACACUGGUCUCCUUGUGGACAGAAGCACAGUGGGAAAAGCAGGGUCAAGGUGGAGUUAAGGCAUGGUGUUGACCUGGGACAGUGAUCAGACAGGCUGAGAAGGCUGAGGGGGGCUGGGGAGGGGCGCUUGGGCCAGCAUCCCCCUUUUCUCCCCACUCCUACCAGGGCAGAAGGCCCUCCAUGGUUUUGCUUCCCCAGCUCUCUCCCUCAUCCUGGGUACUCAGGAUGAAUAAUAGUUUUACCUACAUACUUAGACAUGCCCAACUCCUGUCAAGCACUUUAGUUUGCUGUGGUGUCAUGUUUGGAUACCAGUGUUUUAUAUUUAUACAUAGAGAAUUUUCUAAUAUAGCCUAUUAUAUAUAUAUACGCACACGCGCACACACAUAGAGAUAUAUAUACACAUGCCGCCAUUCUCCUGCUCCCAGACAGCUCUUCCACAUGGGGAAUGGAAUGGAUCCCCAUCUGUGCCUCGACCAGCAGAGCGGGAGCUCCAGAGGGUGGUGGGGAGGGCAGUCACAAGUCCUGACCACCCCCAGAGCCUGGGCUUUUCCAGGGAAAGGCUUUGUGCAAUUGGCUGGUUUUCUCCUUUCUUUUUCCCCAUGUGCCUCCCCCACCCCCCAAAAUCUCUGCACCAAAGCUGUCGCAGGCAAUGUUGGAAAAGAACUGCAUUUGAAAGAAAAGGGAAAUGGCUCUCAUGGUCUCACUUUGGGUUAGUUCCAGGGGCCCCAGCGUGACUGCUGAGUCAGUGAAGAUGAUGCUGUUGGCCAAGGACAGGAAUUCCUUGCCGGCCAUGUUAGCAGUGGGAGUUAGGUGGCUGCAGUGAGGGGGUGACUCCCCCGGGGGUGCCAGUGACACUCCAAGAUGGACAUGGUGGGACCUGAGUACAGGAGUAGACCGCUCACAGGCCGGUGCAUCCACGGCCCCUCCCCAGACUGUUUUUACCUGAGGA